AUGACGGAACCUCGUCUACUUAUUCUUCUCUCACGGGAUGUGGACGAGGUUGAUCUCGUCUGGAGGACAGAGCAUAUUACAGGUAUCAUCAACCUGGUUCAUGCUCAACAAGACUCAGAAAGCCAGAAGUACACAUGCGAUGCUCGUCGAAAACAACGGAAACUAUCAGAAGAUGUGACAUUUGUCUUCUCAGAGCAUCACGUCCAUGAUGCAUAUGACAGUGUGUCUGGUCAAUUGACCAUGGAAGUGGCUUGA